CCCUCAUCAUCCUCCUUCGCCCGCAUCUCUGCGCCCUGCGUCUUGCGCCCUUGCGCCUCUGCUCUGCGCCCUCGCACGGCUGCGCGUCCCGAGCGUGCGCCUCUGCAUCGUGCUUCCGCUGUCUUCUCGUCUCUUUCGCCUCGACGCCUCACCGCCUCGGCGCUUCACCUGCAGCCAUGGCACGCGGCCUGCUGCAGGCCGACGAUCCACUGGCGCAUCUCCUCUCGCCAGCAUUCCGUACACAGCUGCUCUCACACGCACUCGUACUGCUAGCAUUCCUCCUGCUAGCGUACGCAUGGGGCACCAUCUCUCCUCGAUUCUCGGCCCUCUCCGCGCCAAAGCAGCCGCGAGCGAGGCAGGAGCGAUGGCAGUGCAUCGCCAAGGUCGACGAGCUGUGGGUGUAUCCGGUGAAGAGCUGCCGGGGCACGAAGCUCGACGAGGCAGACGUGACCAAGAAAGGGUGGGACAUGGAUCGCAGAUGGAUCGUGUGGGAUGUGAAGCGCGAGAAGGGCAUUAGCCUGCGAGAGGAGCCGAGACUUGCGCUCAUCGCGCCCACGCUCGACUUCGCUUCUGAGCAACUGCAUCUGCGCUAUUCCGACUCUUCCUCCGUUCUCUCCGUCGCUCUGCACCCGUCCUCCGCCACGCUCGCUACCUGGGCCUCGCUGCGCGUGCCCAUGUACGGCGACGGCGGCACCGGACGUAUCGUGCCGGACGCCAGCGCCUGGCUUGCCCAGCAUCUCGGCUACGAAUGCCAUUUGCUGCAAUUCGAUCCGGCCGGUGAGGAGCGUGCCGCCUUCCCGCUCUUCCGGAAGCCGAACGACUGGGAGAGCUGGGCCCGAGAGAGGAAGGAGGAGGUGGAGGGCAAGCGAGGCAUCGAGUUUCAGGAUGAAUAUCCGUUCCUCGUCGCAACGCAGGAGUCUCUCUCCGCGCUGCGUACACAGCUCGUCGACGCCGUGCGCUCCGACACCGACGGCAUUGGCGGCGCGCCCAUUCGGAAUCUCGAUCGCGACAAGUGGGCUGCGCGCCUCGACGACGCCGACGCGCAGCUGAGCAUGCAGCGCUUCCGACCCAACAUCGUGCUUUCCUCUCUCGACGCCGACGCUACGUACGCCGCAUACGACGAGGAUGAAUGGGAUCAGCUGCGCAUCGUACGCGCCUCGUCGAACGAUCACUCUGCGCGCGAGGCAUGCUCGCACGAGACCUGCUCGCUCCCUCCGUCGACGCGCAGCAGCAUCGUGCUGCAUCUCAUCGCGCGCUGCCAGCGCUGCCUCCUGACGUCGGUCGACCCCGAGACGGCCGAGAAAGACGUGCAGGUGCCUCUGGCGCUGCUCCGACGUAGCCGAAUGCGCCUCAAGACGCCCGGCAAGCGCGAGGGCCCGUGCUUUGGCGUGUACGCCGUGCCGGAGUCGACGGGCGAGGUGCGCGUCGGGGAUCAGGUGUGGGUGCGAUGGCGCGACGAGAGCGAAGAAGGAAAAGGAGAAUGAAAGGGACGAUGUUGCAUUAUCGAGCGCUUGAUGAAGGGGACGCCACAGCGAGACAUGAAUGAUGUGAGUACGCGGCAGAGAAUGAUGAUGAUGACGAGCGC